AACGCUUGGCGUUCAAGCGUCGAGUCAGCAGUACGUACUGCGUAAAUGCCGACAGGCAAAAAGGACAGACGGAAUGGCUUUUUAUAAUGUUGAACGGCACGCGCAGCUCGAUGCGUCGGCGCGAGCUGUCCAUCGCACAUCGACCGAAUUCGACGGAUUCUGAUGCACGUACACAUGCAUUCUUCAAUACUCAUCGCGGUCGUGACGCUGUCGCUGCAGGCGCUCGCCCUGCCCGCGGACAGUCCCACAGGCCUUCAUGUCGGGCAACAACCAGCGGGCAUCGUGCACCUCCCGCUGAAGGCGAACCCACUCGACUUGACGGGCCGCUUCAAGAGGGGAUUCCGUUUCUCCACAUCGACGGUCAACGACCUGCUCUACACGGUUGAUGUGCGCGUCGGCACCCCGGGGACGAGCGUGAAGCUCGCGUUCAGCCUCACCUCGCCCGUCACAUGGGUCAAUCCCAACUGCAGCGGCGUCGAGCGCCUCCAGCUGCGGAAACUAUGCCGCACCAGCGGCCGCUUCUACCCGGAGAUGAGCAGGACGUUUGACGGCACGGAUAGACCAGGCCGUGACGAGAUGGCGAUGGCGGCGGAUAGUAUGACUUUGGGAUCAUCGGUAGUUCAGCGACAGCCGAUUGGGCUUGGAGGCAGCAACGCCACUCAGGUCGCACUCGGUACGCUUGGCGUCGCCCCGGAACCACACUCCUCCCCCGACGGGGAUAGUGUAUCGAUCGUGGAGAAUCUCCAAAGGCAAGGCGUGACCGGGAGAAGCGCCGUCAGCUUAGACAUUAGAGGCGCGGAUACCAGCGACGGAGGCUCCGUGCUCUUCGGCGGCGUCGACACCCACAAGUUCUCGGGCCCUCUCGUCGGGCGGAAGAUGACGUUCGAUCCAUUCGCACAGGCUGGCACCGCCGACACCAAGUCAUCAAGAGAAGCCCUCAGGGACAGGGCAUCUGCUCUACAGCCGCCCAGAUUCACCAUCAGCUUCGACCAAGUAGGCGUCACCGCCAGAAACGGAUCACACUACCCUCUCUCGGUCACAAACGCAAAGUCGCUAUCGGCCGGACUCGACAGCAGCAACACCAUUUCCUACCUGCCAGCGCCCGCAGUCGAGACCAUCGCCGAGACCUUCUUCCCCUCCGCCCAGCGCCAGCAGUCCAUGACGAGGGACGGCUCCCUCUACUAUACUGUAGACUGCGACGCCACCACCGAAUCAACGGGGUCCCUGGACUUUACCCUCGGCGACAUCACCAUCAGGCUGCCGUUCAAGGACCUGGUCGGAUCCGAAGUCAACUACAGGAAGUGCAUACUUGGCGUGGCGGCGCCUCCACCAGCUGCCUUCGGAAACCAAGCCAUCCUAGGCGCCAACUUCUUGAAACAGGUCUACGCCGUGUUCGACUGGCAAGACCACAAAGUCUACCUGGCCCAACGUUCCCAGGACUGCGGCAGGUCGAGCAGCAUCACGACACUCGACCAGUCAACUUCCAUCGGGACCUUGUUCGGGGAAUGUGGCGGCGAGAGGCAAGAGCUGCGCCGUCGCCUCGUGGUUUAAUGAUGGCGACGACAACAACAGACAAACGCAG